AUGGUCCAAGCUCAAUAUGACGACCUUGCUGCACGAUGCAUAAACUAUUCGCCGCCCCCAGAUAUCGAUUCCAUCGGUCCCAAGGCUACUGGUUCUGAGGAUCCCAUUACCUUUAUGAAAGGUCAUCUAAAGGAAGUUGAGGAGGCUUAUGCAAUGGAACGGAAAAGAUUGUUGCAGCAAGAGAAGGACCUUGACUUCACUUCAAGAUGCUGUGCAAAUGCCACGGAACGCGAACAGUUAGUUGACCAAAUGUUCCGCGAUUUUCGUGAGCGAGACGAGCAAAUGUUCAAGAGCCAACCACCGCGACCAGGCCACGGUGGACAGCAGCAUCACAGAUUUUCAGGGGAUCACUACUUAUCAAAUGUUGACCUUAUUCCAAAAACAGCUCUAUAUCAUGUGGCAAAACAAUUUCCAAAGGGGGCUCACCUCCACGUUCACUUCAAUGCUUGCUUACCACCAAGUUUUCUAUUAGACCUGGCAGCAAAAAUGGACAGGAUGUUCAUCACCGGCGAUGUUGCCUUGACCCCAGCCAACCUUCAAAAGUGCCAGAUACAGUUCUCCAUCAAAAGCGAAGAAGAUGAGAAAGUCGUGUCUGGUCCCAAAAAAAUCUUUUCGGAAGAUUGUAACGGUGACCGCGGCUGGUCCAUGAAACUAAGUAAAUUCUUGGAACAAUCCAAAGAUCACUUCAGUGGCCUGGAACCAAUGAAGUGGUUGCAGACGAAGGUCGAAUUUGAUGAGGAGGAGGCUCAUGAUUUGCCACAGACUGUAGAAGGGGCUUGGGAACUGUUUAAUAAGAGAACGAGGUUGAUGAAAGGGCUGUUUAAUUACGAAAAAGCCUUUCGAGCGUACAUCCAAGCGUUUUGUCAAGACCUUGAGGAAGACAAGAUUUUGUAUGCAGAGGUUCGAAUAACUUUCAUGGAAAGCAACUACCUCUUCUCCGACGAUGGGAAACAGCGGAAGGAUAAUGUUGAAAUCAUGCGCAUUUUUGCCGAGGAAUUGGACAAGUUCAAGGCUAACUUGACGGAUGAGACUGCGUUUCAUCACGUCAAAGUCAUUUACUGUACACCUCGAUCCAUGGACCCAGAAAAGAUCCAGGCCGGGUUGGAAGAGUGUAUCAAACUCAAGGAAACGUGGCCCGGACUAAUUGCAGGCUACGAUGUGGUCGGGCAGGAAGGGCCAGCGAAGCUUGUGAGCUAUCCCCUCAAGAAGUUCGCUCCCCAGUUUUUAUUAUUCAGAAAGACGUGCCGGAUGAAAGGUCUCGAUAUACCCUUUCUGUUUCACUGCGGAGAAACGCUCGAGACAGGGACGAGUACGGAUGGCAACCUGGUGGACGCGGUGCUCCUAGGUGCAAAGCGCAUUGCUCAUGCCUUUGCACUGACAAAGCAUCCACACAUGAUGCAACUGAUGAAGGCCAAAGGCGUCUGCGUGGAGCUAUGUCCAAUUUCGAACGAGGUCUUGGGCCUCACGCCUCGAGUGGCUGGUCACUCAAUGUAUUCUCUCUUGGCGAAUAACGUUCAUUGCACUAUCAAUUCCGACAACGGAACCCUGUUUCGAUCCUCCUUAUCACACGACUACUACCAAACCAUGGUUGGCAGAAAUGAUCUCGGGCUUUUCGGGUUGAAACAGUUGUCGUUGUGGAGUAUUCAACACGCUUGCUUGGAAGAUGAUGAGAAGAAGCAGCUGCUUGAGAAAUGGGAAGAGCAAUGGGCAGAUUACCUGGUGCGGAUGACAGACAAACCUGAUUCCCUGAUGAUGCCAGGGGAAAUGGACGAAAGCCCAGCGAAGUAA